CCAACAGGACCCUGAAGUGGUUGCAUGCAGCACGCGUAGGCUCUCGCUCACUCAACAUGACCCCGCCAUUCCUCAACACCCCUGCGCAAUACGCCGAGCUCGUCAAUUCAGUUGACACUGUGCUCUUUGAUUGUGAUGGAGUGCUUUACCUCGGGCAGAAUCUCAUUGAGAACGCCAAGAACCUGCUUGAAAUGUUGAGGAGCUCUGGUGAAUACACAAGAGCUAUACAACGUCGCUUCGUCGUAGCUCUAUGCUGAUGCGCUCGGUCGUUUCAGGAAAGAAAGUCAUUUUUGUGACCAACAACUCUACCAAGUCCAGAAAAGAUCUCAAGAAGACCUUCGACGGCCAUGGCCUUGAAGCUUCAAUAGAAGAAUGCUUUGGCUCCGCUUAUGCCUCUGCUGUCUACCUAUCCGAGGUUCUAAAAUUUCCCAAAGACAAAAAGGUGUAUGUGUUCGGCCAAGAAGGCCUUGAGGAGGAACUGGAUGCGGUUGGAAUCUCUCACUGCGGUGGAAGUGACCCCGAAGAUCGUACAUUCACGCCUCCCCUCAACUAUGCGAAUUACCGCCCUGACCCUUCAGUGGGUGCCGUUCUUUGUGGAGCAGACCACUACAUCAACUUGAAGAAGAUCACCAAGGCGGUCACUUACCUUCACAACCCCGAAUGCAAAUUGAUCCUCACCAACCCAGAUGCAACGUUCCCCAUAGGUGAUGGCAUCUUUCCUGCCUCAGGCGCCAUGUCUGCGGGCAUCGUAUAUGCCGCCAAACAAACCCCCGUCGUCAUUGGGAAGCCUAGCAAGACUAUGAUGGAUGCCGUUGUUGCCCACCACCACAUUGACCCUGCUCGAACCCUAAUGAUAGGCGACAACCUCCAUACUGAUAUCGAGUUUGGCAUUAACAGCGGUAUUCGGACUCUGCUGGUUUUGACAGGCGUAACGACAUACGACCAAAUUUACGGCCCCAAUCCAAGCCCAGUCGUCCCGACUUAUGUCAUAGAGAGAGCCGGUGAUCUCGUCAAGAUGUCAAAGGAGUAGAGUCAUGGACGAGGCGAAUAGAACAUAGAGCGAUCCAUGAAAUCGUGGAUCCCAGGUUUUUUCUAGUCAAGUGGUGACAGGGUGCAGUCUAUGGAGGCAAUACUUUUGCAGA